AUGUCAGAUACAAUUCAAAUCAAUAAUGAGGUCCCCACUGUAAUAGCGAACUUGGUACCUGUUCAUAUCGAAUACUCAGGUCCAGCAGCUACUAAAGAAUAUUUCACUCCUUCAAAGACAUCAGAAAACUCCCAAGAUAUAGCUUACUUCAGAGGUUGUAAAUUCAUAGGUGAUAAAGUUGAUUUCAAUGAUAAAUAUACCGCAUAUAUUAUGAAUAAAUCGGAAUCAUUAGUACGAGUUGAAGAUAAUGAAAAUGAUUAUAAUGGUGACAAUGUCAAAUCAGUUAGUACUUAUAUUCCUAUUGCUAAAUUCAAUAGUAUUAACGUUUAUGGUCAUGAUACCCGAAUAGCUGAAAACAAUCAAUGGCUGUUAUUAAAAGAAUGGAAUGAAAUCAGUGAUAUUAUCCAUUCAUAG